GACAUGGCGGGUUCGAACAAACUUUUCGGGAAGGACCUGGGCCAGUACGAGGAGCUGGACAUCGAUGACCUCCUGGAACAGCUCUCGCCCGAGGAGCUGGAAAUGCUCGCUGGAGAGGUCGAUCCUGAUGACACCCUGAUCCCUCCCAGCGAGCGCAACAAUUACAAGUGUGAAAAGGAGGCCACCGGACCCCUGGACCGCAAGAAACUGAUCAACCACAUCAACGAACAGGCCCUUAAUGAACCCGACAGACCAGAACUGGUUCCUUAUGUCGCUGGCGUCGUCAGAGGCAAGAAGUGGGUUCCACCUCCACCACCUGAGCCAGAGGAAGACGAUGAAGCUGUUGCAAAACCCCAGGAAGUGGAAAUCGACUUAGAUGAAGAAAUCCAAGCUGUUUUGGAUACUGCCACAGAGGAUGAAAUUGUUGAUCUGGCAGCUGUUUUAGGUUUCCAUUCCAUGAUGAGUCAAGAACAGUACCAUGCUUCACUUUUGAAUAAGGGAAAGCCUAUUGGUGUGGGCUGGGGUGGUGUCACGAAGGCCACCAAGUUCAAGGCACUUCCUGCAGAACCUCCAAAUGACACUGAUGCUGAAGAUAGCAUCAAGAAACUGAAAGAAGAUGACCCCAACUGCAAAGACCUCAACUUUAACAAUAUUAGGACCAUAUCUGACGAACAGUUCAAGAGAUUAUUUGAUGCCUUAGAAUUCAAUACCAAAUUGGAAACUUUAAGUAUGGCUAACACUGGACUCUGCGACAGACACAUAGAUGCUCUGGUCACCUCACUUACUACAAACAAUGCACUUAAAACACUCAAUUUGGAAACAAACAACAUUAGCCCAGCAGGUAUUGUUCGAAUCAUGGAGGCACUUCUUAAGACACAUACCAUAGAAGAAAUUCGUCUUGCAAACCAGCGAGCGAGUGUUUUAGGCAACAAAAUUGAGAUGCAGUUAACAGACAUCAUUGAGCAAAACCCGACUCUAUUACGUGUGGGCAUUCACUUUGAGUUCAACGAUGCUCGCAACCGUGUAUCCAGACAUCUGCAGAAGAACUUGGAUACUUUCCGUGAGGAGCGGUAUUCACGUAGUUAUAAGAGCUGCACCAGUGGCUAUCCAUUUCUCCCUCCAUUUAUGCGGCUACCAAGGAAAUACCUGGAGGAGGAAGAGGAAGAUGAGGAUGAAGAAGAGGAUGAAGAAGAGGAGGGUGAAGAGGAGGAGGAGGAGGAGGAGGAGGAUGAUGAAGAUGAGGAGGAAGAGGAAGAUGAGGAGGAGGAGGAAGAUGAUGAUGAGGCAGAAUACUGACCUUUUCUGUCUUGAAAACGAAGCUUAUGUUGUACUAUCCUACCCAACCAACCAGGCUACCACCCACAUAUCAGUUGUAACUCUUAUGACCACUGUAAAUGUGAUAGUUCAUUAACUUGUAUAUGGAAGCUUAUAAAUAUUAUUUUAAGAGACCAGUUUAUAGUAUUUUUAUUUAGGCUUGCUUUUUCUUAAUCACAAAAAUAAUUUAUGUACCACUCAACCUAAGCUAUAGCUGUGUUGGGAUAUCUGUGCUGACAAACAGCAUUGAUACAGUGAUGUGAAGUAUCACUGGCCUCUGUAUGAUCCACUUUCUCUUCCUCCUCUAAAUGCCCUUCCUUCUUUGCGCCGUCCUCAAGUCAUAUUCCGGAAUUAUUCAUUAAUUUUUUUUUGUUGAUCUCCAAACAAUCCCCUAAUUCAAAAUUACCCAGUCACUCACAAUACCUGUACCUUUGUGAAUGAAUGUUGGGCUGCCCUAUGACUCAUGCUAAAUAAAAAAAAAAAAAGCUUUUGUACCAGUUACCUUUUGUUGCCAAGUCAUUGUAGUAUUCCUGUUUUGUUCUUUUAGUAGUUUAUUUGGUACAAUUUAUUAUAUCCUUUGUCUCACAAAAUUGCUGUACAACAGUUUCUGGGUAGGAUACAGGUACAGGGCACAAAUUGAAUGGAUGGGUUUAUUCUUUAUUUAUCUAUUAAGGUUGUCAGACUUUUUUUAGCAUUAUCAUUUAUACCUAGUCCAAGAGGUAAUUUUUUUUGUGAAUAAGUAUAGGUUUAUGAAAAUAUAUUUUACUCGUGUAGAAAGUUUUUAAAACACUGUACUAUGAUGACAACAAUUCUGGGGAUGUAUGGACACUGAUUUUACAGUGUGUAGCUGUGUAGUCAAAGCCAAGAGAAAAGAUUUAUCCAGUCUUUAGAAUGAAAUUAGCCAUACAAACUACUUCCUUGAGGACUGUUUUCCAUGAUCAUUAUUCAUUCAAAGUUUUUUAUGUACUUCACGUUUCAUCUAUGCAACAUCUGGAAAGCACUUCUUAAUGAAGCUUUAUGUUGCUUAUUUUGGCUGAUUUGAUAAAGUCAGUCAUUGCACUAAAUAUUAGAAAAAAAGAUUUAUUAUAUAUGGGAGUCAAGACUGGUGCUCCUCUGAUCACUGCCAGCUGUCAAUCAGUCAGUGUUUGGGACUUUAUUAUAAUAAUAUAUGACAGAAAUUUAAAGGAUCUCUCACUUCAAACAUGUGACUCCCACAGUUUUUAUGAGCAUUGAUAUAAUGUGUUAAUAGUGUUUUUAAGUAAAUUUUGCAUUUCAUUGCUUCUCCAUGUAAUGUGGUGAGCGUUAGGCAUUACUUUUUGAACACUGCUUCAAAUGGAUUAUCAACAAAAAUGUCAUUAAAAAAGAAUUAAACUAUUUUAAUGUUAAUUGUACUGCAAAAUGCAGAACUUUGUACUAUUGUAAUUGUCUUUUUAAUUCUUACCGGUGUUUUAAGCUCAUGAAUUCUGUCUUUAUAUUCAGCUCAGAAUUAGUGCGGAGUUGUGAGUGCUUAAUCUGUGUUGCCUGUAAUGUAGCCUUUGCCACCAGAACCUGAUUGUUGUUUGAUUUACAUCGCAUCACUUGCAAAUCCAAGCUACAUGAAAUAUUUACUUCAUCCACUCUUCACAGUUAUAACAGAUUUAAACUUUACAUCUUUUUUGGCUUUCAGGCUAUAUUACAUGCAACUAAUCUAACACAUUCUGUGAUAGGGACAGUAGCACUCCUUUAUAUACUAUGUUUCUCUCUUAAGUGUUGCGAUGAGUUUCGUAACAAGUACCAUAUUUGACUAUAGAAGGGCUUGCAUGCUGGAUUUGUUAUAAAGACUGUGUGCAAGAAUUCAGUGCUUGUCUGGCAGUUGCAUUUCUCACAGAGCUUUGCUUUCAAUGGAUGAACUUUCGGAUGAAUUAUCACAGUUGUAUAUGUUAAGGAAUAUGGAAAGGGAACUUCACCAAUUACAGUACUAACAUUUUGUCAUUAUGUAUGUUGAUAAAUUUAUUCUCUAAUGUCUCGUAUGUAAGUUCCCAUAUCAUUUGUUUAACGUAUGAAUUGUAUUGUGAAAAUGAUUAGGAUGUUAGGUAUGUUUAUCAACUUUAUAUCUCUAGUUUAUAUUGUACAGUCCUGUACAUAGGAAUUCAGUAAAGUUUUCUUUCCAUAAA